AGAAGCUGCAGCAACGGCGUCGUGGCCGGUUCCGCGCGUGGCUUUAGACUUCCUAUCACUUCUGGUACACCGCCUGCCGAAGUAUACCUUCCGCGCUUUCCUGAACAUGCUGGCAACGGAACAUCUCCAAGCCUUUCUCCAACAUGCUAUUUUUGCCACAGUGUUCAACAAGGUUCUGCUCAGAUCAGUUCGCCAGGCGGGCGGUCAGGAACAGGAUCACCAGGUGGAGAAGGGGCAUCAAAAAACUGCGUCAACAUCGGUUCCUGUUGUACACGAGGAGGGAGCAGGAAGCUCAUCGUCGUCCACUAAAAAUCUACUCCAGAACACAAAUGAUGAGGAAGCGGCUUCUGCAGUGAGUGGCUUGCAACUUUGCUGUGCUAUGUUCACAAGAUUUGGAGGUUUCGAAGGGUUCGCAGUGCACUUGCGUCCCCUGCUGGCGACAAAAACGACCGUAACUUCAGCGAUUGCGCUUGGCCUCAGCCUUUGCCGGAUUCCAGUUCAAGUUGAUGCUUCUUCCAUCAUGCUGACUGGACCAGAUGCUGUGAAGAUGAAAGCAGAAAUUGACGAACAAGAAGAUGAAAUCUUGCGUCAGGUCGUGCUAAGACCCGACCUACUUUCAACCUCAUCCUCGUCGUCACCGCAAAGAAACCGGAAUUACAUGAGCAAUGGAGGAAGAACUACUAUUACGGUCAGCUUUUAUCCAUCUUUCUCGUCGGCAUUUCGAUACCCGUCUCCAUUGUAUUUCAUGGGAAAUAAGGGGUCGAGAUGAGGGGACCGAGAUGGAUUCAAGAAGCUGAUUCUAAUACUGCUAGAACAAAUAUCCUGCGAACUGCGUCCGGGCGCUCACUUUUGUUGCCAUCCCUCAGUGCAGAGCAACAGCAGAGUUCACGACGUAAUAGAGCGUAUAUUCAGUUGGUCUUCUACACACUCUACAAUUUGUGUCGGACGUCAGACCUAGCGAUCCAGGCAUUGGAAAAUGGUGUCAGCAACUUGAUCGAGUUCUGUCUCUUACUAAGGGAAGCUGAUCAACAAGAGUGUGCGGGUAAUGGGCGAAGGGGAGUUGUAGAUGCAGAUCAAGACAAGACGAGUGACAUGAUCACAAGUAGGACUUCGUCAAAGGAUCUGAUGGAAUUGCGGGUGUGGGCCGUUCGUUUGCUGUGGCUUCUUUUGACGGUUACGAGCGGUCCGGAGGCGAGUCAAGGAAGCAUGAUGUUAUGUUUUAGGUUAUCAGCACAUGUUUCAAAGCUUUUUUAAAACGGUGGAAUGGAUGAGUUAAUCAUGCAUGGGAACUACAAAUGCAUUAGUAUAUAAUGUGGUUGUACUACGAACGUAGACGUAGUACUAGUAGUAGAACACAAGAAGAAAUACUACUUCUAAAUGAACUUGGUGCGACAUAUUUGUCUCCGUUGACGGACGCCUUGUUGAAGCGGGAGAUCGAUGAAGGCUGGAUCUGCAGCGAGGAAGAGUGGAGUAUUCUCUUGCAUUGUCAGCAGCUACUUUCGUCGACAAAGUAAGUGACCGUGAACCAACUUGCAGCUGUUGUUUGCGCGUUGUUGCUUAAUAUGCGUUCAGUCAUGAGGAUAGAUCAAGUGUGAAUAUCGGAUGAAGAGACGGGAAAUCACUAAAUUAUUUAGAUUUUUUCAUUUUGAUUUCAAAAAUCAUCUCAUAACUUUGUCUUUCAUCAUCAACAUCGAAUUUCCGUAUUCGAAUUUCAAUCAAUUUGGAUAAAAGCAAAAUUUUAGUGUUUUAAACAUUUCAAAUUUUGAAUAUCCAAAAAAUUUUGAUUUUAUCUCGUUUUAUUUAAAUUUAAAAGCUAGAAGAAGUUUUUACUCCGCUUCAAUUGAUUUGGUGUAUUUACCCUCAGAAUGUGUUGCAAUACGUGCACUGGGGCACUGUGCGAACUAUCUAUCGUUCACGUACUCAUUUUUCGAGUAGAAUUAACGACGUUAAUAUUUGAUGAUUCUUAGUUACUUAGUCACGUAGUUUGAGAAAACAAUUCAGUCCACAAAAAUAAUUAGAGCUUGCAGAUCUUGUGUUCAUCAGCAUCCAUGAGAUUUUAUUAGAUUUCCCUAAAAUACUUAAUUCUUCGCAAGAUCGCUCAUACAUAUGUUGGCACUUGUUGAAUAGAUCACUAAAUAGAAAACGAAUUUCAAUUCCUUUGUUUGGUCUUCCAAGAAUUUCCAAGCCUCGUGAAUUAUAUAUCCAAGAAUUUCCACACAUUGCUGCGUUCGUUUUUUCAAUAGAAUGUUGAGGUUUUGGGGCAGGUUUCAGCGAGUGAAAAAAAGCUAUUGAUGGGCGGGGGAGAAGCUUAAGUAUUCCGCACUCUAUUUCGUCAUUCUGCCUUGUCGCCAUUCAUUUUUAUUCCCAGCUUUGGAACGCCCGGUAUGCACAUCACGUAUGUCACAAGAGAGGAGCUGUUAGUCCUGGCUUUUCGUGUUUCUCAGAGCACUGAUACACGAAGCAGAUUCCACGAAGCUUAUAAUUGUGUGCAUGGUUUUUAUGGCAAUAGCGAC